GCGUCGGGAGGGGCUGGCAGAGACCCGUCGCCUUUCCACUUCAUCUUCCCGGCCCGGUUCCUUCGCCAUUACCCGACCCGCUCGGCUUUUAGUCGCGGACCGAGCGGCCCAGACCGUGGCAGCGCCGGCAUCUCCCUUCCGCAUUUCCCUGGGUCUCUCUCGGGCAGUGACGUGACGUGCUGACGGCUGCCCGGCCCGGGGAGCUUGGCCGCUUCCACUCAGCUCCGAGCUCGGCCCCUCCCUCCCCUCCGCNCCCGCCACAGCGACAUUACCACCGAGAUCGGCCCUGCUACGCGGAGGAAGGCCGCCCCGAGCCCGCCACCGCCGCCCCGCCCGACAUUGUGCUGAUGAGAUUUAAAGGCCAUGGAUGAAGAUGGACUUGAACUACAGCCACAUGAUCCACAUGAAUUUUUUGAUCCUACAGGAGCUGAUGGAACUCACAUGAAUGGAGAUGAAAUUGUAGUCGAAAUACAGGAAACUGUAUAUGUAUCAGAUGUGGAGGAUUCUGAUAUAGCUGUUCAUAAUUUUGUUCCUGAUGAUCCAGAUUCAGUUGUGAUUCAAGAUGUUAUUGAGGACGUUGUUAUAGAAGAUGUUCAGUGCCCAGAUAUUAUGGAAGAUACAGACAUACCUCAGUCUGUUAUUAUACCUGAACCAGUGCUGGACCGUGAUGUCAGCGAAGAAGUGUCUUUGGCACACUGCACUGUUCCAGAAGAUGUUUUAUCUUCUGAGAUCACAACUUCAGCAAUUUCAGUACCCGAACAUGUACUCUCGAAUGAGUCAAUGCACUUACCUGAUAUAGGACAUAUGGACCAUGUUGUUCAUGAUCAUAAUAAUAUUGUAGAAGCAGAAAUUGUUACAGGUUCCCUUGGAGAAGAUGUAGUUUCAGAAGUUUUGGUAGCAGACUGUGCCUCUGAAGCUGUAAUUGAUGCCAGUGGAAUACCUGUGGAAAAUGACGAUGAGAAGGGCAACUGCGAAGACUACCUUAUGAUUUCCUUGGAUAAUGCAGUCAAGACAGAAACUGACAAUUCAGUAGAUAAUAAAUCUGAACCAGAAGGUGAUUCUGAUAAAAUGGAUGGCAUUUGUCCAGAAGUCAUCAAAGUCUAUAUUUUUAAAGCUGGUCCUGGAGAAGAUGAUAUAGGAGGCACAGUAGACAUUGUGGAAAGUGAAUCUGAAAAUGACCAUGGAGACACAUUAAUUAAUCAAAAUAGUAGCAUUCGCAUUCCACGAGAAAAAAUGGUUUAUAUGGCAGUAAAUGAUUCUCAGCAUGAAGAUGAAGAUUUAAAUGUUGCAGAAAUUGCUGAUGAGGUCUAUAUGGAAGUGAUACGAGGAGAAGAAGAUGCAGCAGCAGCAGCAGCUCAUGAGCAGCAAAUUGAUGACAAUGAAAUCAAAAGUUUUAUGCCGAUAGCCUGGGCUGCAGCUUACGGUAACAACACUGAUGCAGCUGAAAACAGAAAUGGAACUGCAAGUGCCCUCUUGCACAUAGAUGAGUCUGCUGGGCUUGGGAGACUAGCAAAACAAAAACCUAAAAAGAGGAGGAGGCUGGAAUCCAGACAAUACCAGACAGCAAUCAUAAUUGGGCCUGAUGGCCAUCCUUUAACAGUCUACCCUUGUAUGAUUUGUGGAAAAAAGUUUAAAUCCAGGGGCUUCUUAAAAAGGCACAUGAAGAACCACCCAGAACACCUUCUUGCUAAGAAGAAAUAUCGGUGCACUGAUUGUGAUUACACUACAAAUAAAAAGUUAAGUUUGCAUAACCAUCUAGAGAGUCACAAGCUUAUUACUAAGACUGAGAAGCUAAUAGAAUGUGAUGAGUGUGGGAAAAGUUUCUCUCAUGCAGGAGCUUUGUUUACGCAUAAGAUGGUGCACAGGGACAAGGCAGCAAGCAAAAUGCACAAAUGCAAGUUCUGCGAGUAUGAAACAGCAGAGCAGGGAUUGCUAAAUCGUCACCUUCUGGCCGUGCACAGCAAGAACUUUCCUCAUAUUUGUGUGGAAUGUGGCAAAGGAUUUCGGCAUCCAUCAGAGCUCAAGAAGCAUAUGCGAAUCCACACUGGUGAAAAGCCGUAUCAGUGCCAAUAUUGUGAGUACAGGUCUGCCGACUCCUCCAACUUGAAAACCCAUGUAAAGACUAGACACAGUAAGGAAAUGCCCUUCAAGUGUGACAUUUGUUUUCAAAUAUUUUCUGAUACCAAAGAGCUGCAACAGCACAUUCUUAUGCACCAAGAAAGCAAAACACAUCAGUGUCUGCACUGUGACCACAAAAGCUCAAACUCAAGCGAUUUAAAGAGACACAUCAUUUCUGUUCACACAAAGGACUACCCCCAUAAGUGCGAUAUGUGUGAUAAAGGUUUUCACAGGCCAUCAGAACUGAAAAAACAUGUUGCAGUACACAAAGGCAAAAAAUUACACCAGUGCAGACAUUGUGACUUUAAGAUUGCAGAUCCAUUUGUUCUAAGUCGCCAUAUUCUCUCAGUUCACACAAAGGAUCUUCCUUUCAGAUGCAAGCGAUGUAAGAAAGGGUUCAAACUGCAAAUAGAACUCAAAAAACACAUGAAAACACACAGUGGUAGAAAGGUUUAUCAGUGUGAGUACUGUGAGUAUAGCACUACAGAUGCCUCAGGUUUCAAGCGGCAUGUUAUUUCCAUUCAUACAAAAGACUACCCCCACCGUUGUGAGUUCUGCAAGAAAGGUUUCCGGAGACCUUCAGAGAAGAACCAACACAUUAUGCGGCAUCAUAAAGACAUUGGUCUGCCAUGAGGACUUCCAUAGAUAGUAUGGAUUUGGGUGUAAAAUAUAACGCUUUCUGAGCAGUCAUUGUAUUUUAAAGUGGAUCACACAAAAUACUGUGCAUUUGAUUUAGUGCUGUGUACAGAUAGGAUUAUUGCUUAGCGUUGUCUUUUAUACAUUUUUGUUCAUUAGUGUGUUCUGAAAUCUCUUCCAUUUGCUUAAUAAAUGAGGAAGGAUGGCAACAAUAAAGUUGCAUUUAAUAAAGUAAACUUUGUCUCAUACUGAAUUUUUGAACCAUAUUAGUUCUCUGGAAUAUUUACCUUACUAACAAGGUUCAUACUCAGUGACUGUCAGAGCACGGAUUUGUCAUGGGCUGCAAAUAGAUUUUUAAUUUGUUCUUAAUAAAGAUGUCAUAGAAAAUAACCUGAGAAAAAUUAAUGUCAAAAUACAACAUUGUACCAUAAGACCCACUUAAUUAUCUCAUUGGUAUUUAAAGAACCUGUGACACAAUAUUCAUUUGAAUAGUUAUUCAGUACUAUUUUUCAUUAUUUGAGGUUCUUUUUAUGUAAUGUUUAAUUCUUUCAUAAUAAGUAAGAAAUAAGUUGGUUGCUGGGAGCAUUUCUUUUUCAAUAGGUGUGAAUUUUCAGGCACUUGUUCAUAAGUACUAAUUAUCUGCUUCUCUGACUUUUGGUUCUGUAUUACAAAUGUACUAGUGUUUUUAAACCUAUUGUUUCAAUUGUUGACAGGAUAAAUUACUUAACUGACUGUUGCCAAGUUUACCCAAAAUUAAAUGCAAUUUUAUUACAAAGUGUCAGCUGUAUGAAGUAUUUUGAUCCAGUCACUUUUUCUGUUAUCUACCAGCAGCCCUGAAUACCUUUUAGAGAAUAUACACAGUUUACAGGGAAAACAGCUGAAGGAGUAAAGAAUAGAAACAGGUGUGUUGUUAUGAAACAUUUUUAUUGUUUUGCUACAACUUGUUUUACAUUAUUUUGUAUUCCUCUUUUACAAACACAGGAGUAUUCUUACUAGAAUAACUUAAGUGAGAAGGGAGUAGUUCUUCAAACAAUGUUGUAUUAAGCAGCAACUUUCUAGAAUUUAUUGUUUUUUCCCCCUGUUUAUACACUUCUGGAAAAGCCUCGCGCUGAGCACCUCUGCUCUGAAAAUUACUGCUAAGGGACAAGGCUGCUGCAGCCUGCUUUGUAACAAGCCUAUACUCUGUAGAGUCACAAAGUUCAGUAAUAUUCCCAGAGCAUGUUGUAAGGGAUUUUACUUUACAAAUGAAUAUUUGCCUGCUUGUUUGUCCUCAUGCUCUGUCUGUGCUUUAAUCCUAGAAGUACUCUGGUCAAGAUGUACCGACAAUGAGAAGGAAGUACCAAAUGAGCAAAUUUUACUUCAUAUUUUCCCCAUUCUCACCGUUCAUUUCCUUUCAUCAGUAAUCUGGUAUCACACAGAUUUAAUUUCACUGUUUAUGGCCAAAAUGUUUAUGCCAGACAUUCCUUAGUGUUGCUUAGUUGAUUGACUGCUUUGUUUAAUGCAGAUGCAGAGCUGUCAGGUGAGGCAGUGUCGCUAUCCAAGAGGAUGUUGCCCAGCAAUAUGUAAGCAGGAAAGUAUAAUGUUAGGUUUAACAUCUUUACUGUAUCCAAAUCUAAGGCUAUAAGAUUCACAGGGAUGUAUUUUUGCUUCUGUUCUUUUAAUGUAUAAGGAUUGCUGCGUGUUCACCAAUUUUUUUAAAAAACAAAUUUGUGAUGGUCAAGCACUUUGAUCUAGCAGCUCCUGUGCACAUGGGGCCAUAUACCAUUUCCUCAUAUAUAGUUAAUGAAGCAGCUCUUGUAGAGUUGUGUGGAACAUUGUACAGUUGUUGGACUGUGAUGGCUGUUGGAUGAUUGAGGCCUUAAAGUCCACUUCUAAAAGCCCUUGUAGAUACUGGUUCAAGUGUUUUCAUGAUCCAAUAGUUAGCCAGUGAAAUAUAGGUAUCUUGCUUUACACUCAUGUUUUGUCCAAAUUUUUAAAUAAUACAUACAUACAUACAUACAUACAUACAUACAUACAUACAUACAUACAUACAUACAUACAUACAUACAUACAUACAUACAUACAUACAUACAUACAUACAUACAUACUGUUUCCCAUGUCUAUUGAAAUCUGUUCAAUUUCCUCAAAUUUACUUUCUCUUACUGAAAAGUAUUACCCAUAUUGGGAUACAUUCACUCUAAUUAAGAAUGCAAAAACGUGGCCCACUUCCUAUUUUUCUGAACACCAUCUGGAAUUGUAAAAUUGUUUUGGAGCAUAAUUCUAGAGAAUUAAGAGUUUAGUCAAGUGGAUUUUGUACAGUGUGUCUGUAUGCAAAGCAAAUGAAAACUAGUUAUUGUUAAAUGUACUGAUACUAGUGACAAGCUAGUUUUAUUUAAUUAGCAAAUGAUAUAAAAUUGAUGUUUCAGUUCCGUGUUUUAAACGGUACAUUUAAUAAAAACAAGGUUGUAAUAUAAGUAAUUGUCCUGUAAAAUGCUUGUUAAAUACUCUAUGUCCCUCCCUGUGUACACUUUGUAAAAAUGAAAAGAUAAUUCAUAGACUUAUAUAUAGGGAUGUGUGACGUUGUAAUGUGUACUUGAUAAUGUGAAAAAAUAAAAA